GCGGCGACGUCAGAGCGCGGCGCGAGGCCGCGCCGGGCCGGGCGCUGGUGGCGGCGCGGUCGCGCUGCGCUGCGGGCCCGGGGCGGCCCGGAACGGCCCGGAACGGCCCGCUGUGAGCCCGGAACGGCCCGGUACGGCCCGCUGUGAGCCCCCCGCCGCGGCAGCGCCGCCCGCAGGGCUUGCCAGGUGGAGAUCCCAGCGGUCCUGCUGCAGGCUGGGUGGCCGGGCUGCCUGUGCACACCCUUCAGGAGCCGUGCCAGCAGAGCGGGGCUGAUGCGGAGCCGGCGGCGUGGCAGUGAGCUGGGGCUCGUGCUGGGUGUCUGCACCCCGUUUGGCCCCCCCCGUGCCGGGGGUGCUCAGCUGCUGCCGCGUUCCCUGGCGCAGCGCGCCGCAGCGUGCCGGGCUCAGGGUUUGUGGUGCCGUGUUUGCUGCAGUUUCGGUUCUCCGCAGGUGUCUAGCUCUUUGGUUCACACAGCGUGAGGCCGACCUUUCGCUGCAACUCCAGGGGGAUUUAUCUCAGUUUGACCUCGGGGCAGCGCAGAGGGGGGGAGCACCGCUGUGUGUGCCCGCUGGCUGCCGGCAGCGAUGGCCCAGCCCGUGCCAGCCCUGUCCCUUGGCCGUGUGUGCCCGCGGGGCAGCGCCCGGCUGGGGUGACCGUCUCUGCGCUCCCUGCGGCACGGGGCAGCCCGCCAUGGCCCCGGCGGGCGCCGAGGAGGCCGCGGGCUCCUCGGGCAAGCACUAUGUGUGCGGGCUGUGCGCGGCCUUCACCAACAUCGCGGUGACGUUCCCCAUCCAGAAGGUGCUGUUCCGGCAGCAGCUGUACGGGCUGCGCGCCGGCGAGGCCGUGCGCCAGCUGCGCCGCGACGGGCUGCGCACGCUCUACCGCGGCAUCCUGCCCCCGCUGCUGCAGAAGACCACCACGCUGGCCCUCAUGUUCGGCCUCUACGAGGACUUCUCGGCGCUGCUGCUGAGCCACGGCCGCGCCCCCGAGCUGGUGACGCGCAGCGCGGCCGCCGCGCUGGCCGGCACCACCGAGGCCGUGCUGACGCCCUUCGAGCGCGUGCAGACGCUGCUGCAGGACUACAGGCACCACGACAAGUUCACAAACACUUACCAGGCCUUCAAGGUGCUGAAAGCCUACGGGCUGCGGGAGUAUUACCGGGGAUUGGUGCCCAUCCUGCUGCGCAACGGGCCCAGCAACGUGCUCUUCUUCGGGCUGCGGGGGCCCAUCAAGCAGUGCCUGCCCGAGGCCAGCUCGCACAGCUCUCACCUCAUCAACGACUUCAUCUGCGGGGGGCUGCUGGGCGCCAUGCUGGGCUUCCUCUUCUUCCCCGUCAACGUCGUAAAGACUCGCAUGCAGGCCCAGAUUGGUGGCGAAUUUCAGUCCUUCUCCAAAGUGUUAGUGAAGAUCUGGCUGGAACGCGACAGGAAGGUGAUGCACCUCUUCAGGGGAGCCCACCUGAACUACCACCGCUCCGUGCUGUCCUGGGGGAUCAUCAACGCCACCUACGAGUUCCUGCUGAAGCUGCUGUGACCCCGUCCUGCUCGUGGGGCAGCAGCACUCGGCGUCCCGGGUCCCAGGGAGCAGUGCCUGUGCGUGUGACAGGUAAUUCCUCCCAGCCUUCCGUAUUUAUGGGGUGAAUGGUGAUGCAUUUAAACCUUGGUGCAAUUAUGGUGAACUUCUUAAAGUAUUCCUUUGCUGGCAGGUGAGUUUGCCCAUCACAGAGCUACCAGACAAACAGAAGGUGUAAAAGAGGAAAGAAAUGUAGUCUGUAUCACUCCCAAAGUUGUGCUGUGCUCUGUGGUGGGAUGCACUCCACUGCCCAUGUUUAGAACAUGAGAAUCAAGGAGGAGCUGAAGAAAAACAAUUCCAUUGCCUGAUCAUCUUCCCAGUCUCGAUUCUGGAGCUGCAUUUUCAGAUGUUGUGGGGUCCUCAUUGUGUAAAGCUCAAAGGACAGAUACUGAAGGGGAUGGCUGAGGUGCAGAGCUCCCAGCUGCACCUCAGCGUGCUGCAGGCCCCUCACGGGUGGCCUGUGGUGACCGUGUCCUCCAGCCAUGCACUGAGCGUGUGAGCUCAGCCCUGGCUGGAUCUCUGUGCGUGUGUGUGCGUGUUUGUACGUGUGCCUUCCUGUGAAAAGGGAAAAGUGGAAGGAAUGGGACAGCAAACUCACUCAAGCUUUAAAGUGUCCUUCCUCGUUAAAAAACAUGGAGUUUGUUCUGCUUCUUCUGAGGACUUUCUGUUUUUUAUUUGCUGCUUUUUCUGUUGCCUCCAGCUGCAGGAUCAGGGAGGUGUCCCUGUGUGUAGGGACGCUCCAGCUCCUGCAGCUGCUCAAGCACUUCUCACACGGCUUUUUGCACUGCCACGUCUUGUCUUUCCUCAGCUCCCUCUGCGGAGUUACCGAUCGCGGGAUGUUUGUACCCAAAACUCGGGGUUCUGCUCGUGGCUCUGCAGCACAGGCGUGGCACGGGCAAGGUGAGAGUCCUGGGUUACCUGCUUCAGUGGAGGUCUGUAGGUGUAGUGCAGAUGACAAGCCAAAGAUGACCUUGGAAGCAGGGAGCAGGAAGGGUGGAGUGCUUGGAGACGUGUUUCAGGACUUCUGUAGGGAAACGUGGGAGAGGACUGACAGAAAUCUGUGUCUGACAGACAUGGGAGAUGAGAGAGAGGAGACUUGAGGCUUUAGAUACAGGGACAGAGGAGCGAGCACAACCCUGAGCUAGAUGAGGGUCCCAGCACAGGUGUUUGAAUCUCCCUGAGGGCUUCUUCUUUAGUGAAACUAUACAUUCACACAUAAACCAAAACACUUUGGAUGAUGGGGAGCAGCAGAGCUUUCAGAAACUGCUUUGAAUUUAGUCUUUUCUUAAGUCUUGGAGGGGCUAUUGCUUUUCUGAAUUUGAGUUUUCCAUUUGCUACAACUGUCUUCCGAAAUCGAUCCUAAUCAGUGUGUUGUAAUCAUACAGUCCUGAGCUUCAGACAGCAGCGGGUGGGCACAAGCACGAGUUCCUGUAUCCCAGUGGUGAUUAUCUUCAUCUAAAUAAAAUGUUUACUGGAUGUUUGUUACUGGCAGAAUCUGAUUUUUACCAGUGUACCUUCUUUUUGUAAUCACUCCUUGAUGGAAUAAAAACAAAAUCUGCAUCCUG